AUGGCAUCAAGUGACCAAACGCCGGGACCAAUGCCUCCGGGAGACGGAUCGGUACCGCCGGGCAAGCCGAUGGGUACCGGAAAGAGUGUGCUGGACAAGAGCGCAUCGAUGAUGCAAUCGUUAAAACCGGUCAAUCAGAUUAGCCAACACGCCUGCACCUUCGCCGCAUACAGCCACGAUAUGAGCCGCCAAAUCGUCACCCACCACUACCUUUCGCGUGUUAACGACGAAUUCCUCCAGUGCGCCGUCUACGAUUCCGACGAACAAAAUGCUCGCCUUAUCGGGGUGGAAUAUAUAGUGUCGGAUAAGGUGUUUGACACUCUUUCGCCAGAAGAACAGAAGCUAUGGCACUCUCAUGCUGAUGAGAUAAAAUCUGGAAUGUGGGUGAAUCCACGUGUCCCAGAGAUGCUUUCUAAGCUUCAAGAUAUUGCCCAAAGUUAUGGAAAGUUUUGGUGCACUUGGCAAACUGAUCGAGGUGAUAGGCUACCAUUAGGGGCGCCAGCCCUGAUGAUGUCACCGGACAAGGUGAAGUCGGAACUGGUGACGGAGAGGGAUGGUAAAUACAACAUAUCGACUGAUGGGCUUAAAGAGUCGAGGGAGAAGAUCGAAUUGGCGAAACCUGUGGAUCCGCAUGCAGAUGUUUGGAAGAACAAAGGGAAAGGAUUCGCCAUAGAUAUUCAAUCUGUUGAAAUGAAACGCACGGCACCUUUGCCCUAA